CAAAAAGUAUAACAUUAUUGAGUACAGAUGGCGUCUAGAUUGAAAUAAAAGAUCUGAGGAUAAGGCUUACCAUAUCGAUAAGUAUGCAUUCUUUAAUACCAAUGAAAUUAAUUUUGAAAUAACGACAUCUCAUAGACAUAUCUAGAACAUAAUAGUUAAUGUACCGAUAUAUCGCAACUCGAUAAUCGAGAUUCAAUCGAUUUAUGGUGCGCGGCGGAGCGCGUCUUAGAGAGUGGAUGUUUAGGGCAGUCAUUUAUUCUUUCUUUUCACCUUAAUCGAGGAAAAACGAAGAAAGAAGCGGUCAUGUCUAAGGCUGAUGAAAAUGCGGAUACUGGUGAUACAGGAGAUAAUUCAAAUGGUUCUUCAGCGGAGACCACAUCAUCUAGGGGUGGUGAUUUCGAGACGAAACUUGAAUCAGACAGAAACACCGCAAGACUGAGCAAGAAGAGGAUGAGGAACUCUUGGCGGAGAGCAAUGCCAGUGUAGCACCUACAACUCGUUUUGAAUCCUCACCCCAUUAUAUAAAAUCUGGUGAGUUGAGGGAUUAUCAGAUUCGUGGUUUAAAUUGGAUGAUAUCGCUCUAUGAAAAUGGUAUCAAUGGUAUUCUGGCUGAUGAGAUGGGUCUUGGUAAAACUUUACAAACUAUAUCAUUGUUGGGAUAUAUGAAACACUUCAGAAACAUUCCUGGUCCUCAUAUUGUUAUUGUUCCAAAGUCUACAUUAGCCAAUUGGAUGAACGAAUUUAAAAAGUGGUGUCCUUCCUUAAGAGCAGUUUGUCUGAUUGGUGAUGCAGAAACAAGAAAUACUUUUAUCAGAGACGUUAUGAUGCCAGGCGAGUGGGAUGUCUGUGUUACGUCCUAUGAAAUGGUAAUCAAAGAAAAAUCAGUAUUUAAAAAAUUUAACUGGCGUUACAUGGUAAUAGAUGAGGCUCACAGAAUAAAAAAUGAGAAAUCUAAAUUAUCAGAGAUAUUAAGAGAAUUUAAAACAGCUAAUAGACUUUUAUUAACUGGUACACCACUUCAGAAUAAUUUGCAUGAAUUAUGGUCUUUACUUAACUUUUUAUUGCCAGAUGUAUUUAAUAGUUCUGAUGAUUUUGAUUCUUGGUUUAAUACAAAUAGUUUCUUAGGUGAUAAUUCUUUAGUGGAAAGAUUGCAUGCAGUAUUAAGGCCAUUCCUUUUAAGACGCUUGAAGUCAGAAGUAGAGAAAGGACUGAAGCCAAAAAAGGAGAUUAAAGUAUACAUUGGUCUUAGUAAAAUGCAAAGAGAAUGGUAUACCAAAGUAUUAAUGAAGGACAUUGAUAUAGUAAAUGGCGCUGGAAAAAUUGAAAAGAUGAGAUUACAAAACAUUUUAAUGCAGUUACGUAAGUGUUGUAAUCAUCCUUAUCUAUUUGAUGGUGCUGAACCUGGACCACCAUAUACAACAGAUGAACAUCUUGUUUAUAAUUGUGGUAAAAUGGUGAUACUCGAUAAACUAUUGCCUAAAUUACAAGAACAAGAAUCAAGGGUACUAAUAUUUAGUCAAAUGACCAGAAUGCUGGAUAUUUUAGAAGAUUAUUGUCACUGGAGAGGUUUUCAGUAUUGUCGUUUGGAUGGUAAUACGGCACACGAGGAUCGUCAGAGGCAAAUCAAUGAAUAUAACGCUCCUAAUAGUGAAAAGUUUAUAUUUAUGUUGUCGACGAGAGCAGGCGGAUUGGGUAUAAAUUUAGCGACUGCCGAUGUUGUUAUUAUUUAUGAUUCUGAUUGGAAUCCGCAAAUGGAUUUGCAAGCGAUGGAUCGAGCUCAUCGUAUAGGACAACAAAAGCAAGUACGUGUUUUUAGAUUUAUUACAGAGAACACUGUAGAAGAGAAGAUCGUUGAACGAGCUGAGGUUAAAUUACGAUUGGACAAAUUGGUCAUACAACAAGGUCGAUUGGUCGAUGCAAAACAGACUGCAUUGAACAAGGAUGAAAUGUUAAAUAUGAUUAGACAUGGGGCUAACGAAGUGUUUGCUUCAAAGGAUAGCGCUAUUACCGAUGAAGAUAUAGAUACUAUAUUACAAAAGGGUGAAGCAAAGACCGAAGAAAUGAAACAGAAAUUGGAAAGCUUGGGAGAAUCUUCUUUACGUAAUUUUACCGUCGAUGCACCAACCGAUUCGGUCUAUCAAUUUGAAGGUGAAGAUUAUCGUGAGAAACAAAAGAUAUUAGGAAUUGGUAAUUGGAUAGAACCUCCUAAACGUGAACGUAAAGCCAAUUAUGCGGUUGACGCUUAUUUUAGGGAAGCUUUAAGAGUUUCCGAACCAAAAGCACCAAAAGCUCCUAGACCACCCAAACAACCGAUCGUACAAGAUUUUCAAUUUUUUCCUCCUCGAUUGUUUGAACUACUCGAUCAAGAGAUAUAUUAUUUCAGACAAACCGUCGGUUAUAAGGUUCCAAAGAAUCCUGAAUUAGGAUCAGACGCGGCUAGGAUACAAAAGGAAGAACAACGUAAGAUAGAUGAGGCUCAGCCAUUAUCGGACGAAGAGGUCGCAGAGAAAGAAAAAUUAUUGACUCAGGGUUUUACCAAUUGGACAAAGAGAGAUUUUAAUCAAUUUAUAAAGGCAAAUGAAAAAUAUGGUCGCGAUGAUAUUGAAAAUAUUGCUAAAGAGGUCGAAGGUAAAACACCAGAAGAAGUUAUGGAAUACUCAGCAGUUUUUUGGGAACGUUGCCAUGAGUUACAGGACAUUGAUAGAGUGAUGGCACAAAUAGAAAGGGGCGAGGCCAAAAUACAAAGGCGCGCCGGUAUAAAGAAAGCAUUGGACGCAAAGAUGGCCAGAUAUCGUGCACCGUUUCAUCAAUUGAGGAUAGCUUAUGGUACUAAUAAAGGUAAAAAUUAUACGGAAGAGGAGGAUAGAUUUCUUGUUUGUAUGUUACACAAAUUGGGUUUCGACAAGGAAAACGUUUAUGAGGAAUUAAGAGCUACCGUUAGAUCAGCACCGCAAUUUCGUUUCGAUUGGUUUGUAAAAUCUCGUACUGCCUUGGAAUUGCAACGACGAUGCAAUACCUUGAUAACAUUGAUAGAACGUGAAAAUCAAGAAUUGGAAGAGAGAGAAAGGCAAGAGAGAAGGAAGAAGGGUGGCAAUGUAGGUACUAAGCCUGCUUCUAAACGAAAACAAGAAAAUUUACCAGCACCACAAGAUAAACCUCGAAAGAAGAAGAAAUAAUAAGGCGAAUUCGAGUCUUGUACGAUAUCGUUCUUAAUUUUUUUUAUUUUUUAUUAUUCCUUUUUUUUUUUUUUUUUUCCCCUCAAUUCUUUACCAUAAAAAUACAGACUGUCUAUUUCCAUAGUUUUUUUUUUCUUUUUUUUUUUUUUUUAUCUUUUUAUCCAUUAUUCAGAAUUUUCACUAAAUACACCAUGACUCAAAUUCAUAGACAGUAAAUUCUUAUAAAAAUUUCUCUUAAAUCGUUCUCUUUUUUUCUCUCUCUCUUUUUCUUUUUCUUUCUCUUUCUUUUCUCUCCCUCCCUUUCUCUCUUAAUGCACCCUUCCAUCCAACUUAUACGAAUAAGAAAGAAUUUAGUCUUGUAAGAGUUCAGCGUAAAGAAAAAAAAAAA